CCUACUCCAAAGUCGGAAAACCCUCGCACCUUUUUGCUCCAAAGAUGCUAUUUUCAAGAAAACGUUUUACGGAGCACCUAGCUAAAACCGAUAGUCGUCAACUUCACUUCACACCUUAUCCAAGGUGAAAUAAAAGGCGUUAAUUUCGGACUGGAUAUUUGUGCAGGGAAAUCGGCGAUGGGAAUAACAGAGGAGCUGCGAUGGACCGCCGCCAAACUACUGAACGUGGGCCGAAUUGCGGUGGACUCCGCCGUCAACGAGUCCCUUAAAGUGUCUGCAGGGGGUAAGCAAGUGUAUGCAAUUGUGAAGGGAAAACUGAAGGGUAUACCCCAUUCAGACCCUCCCAGUGGUGAUAAGAAGCAAAGUUUUUUGCUGGUGGAAGAGAUGCAAGCAAAGCUGGAGAAAAUGCAAGAAGACAUGAAUAGAACACAACAGGAAAGUCUGGUUUCAGCGCUUAGAAGAGAAGAACAAGAGCAUCUAAGACAGUUAUUCGAUGAGCCUGUCAAGAGCUCAUCGCCUGAGGUAACUGGUCCAAGGAAGAUUUUCAUUCGUUCCCGUCUGUGAGGACGAGGGAGAAAACUUGUACUCGUAUGAUCACUGUGAGUAUCGUGCUAUUGUAAUGUUUUCAUGUACAUAUGGAUUCCAUUAUCUUAUAAUCCAAUGUUGAACAAUGAACGCAAUAUGUGAGGAAAGCUAUUUUCUGUAUUAUCAACAUAUAUGUGGAUCAAUAGAAUGGCAAUUCCUAUCUAUAAA